CGGCUGUGGCUCGAGCGGCUCCGGGUCCGGGUCUCUGACGUCACUGCGGGAGGAUAACGCUCAGUACCAUGGCUGUGACAGCACUUCACUUCAGUUUAUCUCUCAUACUCGGGAUUACAGCAGUGUUUGGAUUAGAUGCUGAUUUCCAGGUGGAUCUGAUCCGAGAGUUGGACUUGUCCAAUGCUACACAUGGAAUAAGCCAAACUGCAGGUCUUCACAACAGCAGCAAAGCCUUUCUGUUUCGAGAUGCACAGAGAGCUGUUCAGCUUCCCUCCCAAAUCACAGAAGAGAUACUGGAGUUGCUCAGGAAUAAAAAAGAGUUCACAUUCAUGGCUAGCAUUCAGCAGAAGACGUCCACAUCUGGAGUUCUCUUCUCCAUCCAUGAGUCUGAUUUCAGCUUUUUUGAACUGGAGAGUAGCGGGCUUCGGGAGGAAAUUCGCUACAAAUACCACCACAAAGGGAAACAGCGAUCCGAGACGUUCCCGUACAGACUCGCUGAUGGACAAUGGCAUAAAAUUGCUUUGUCCGUUAGCGGGAGUCAUUUACUGCUCCACGUGGACUGUAACAGGAUAUACGAGAGAGAGAUAGACCCUUCUGAGAUGGCUUUGACUGCAGGAAGCAGCAUUUGGCUCGGACAGCACAGCUACAGACACGGACUCUUCAAGGGCUCUAUGCAAGACGUCAAAUUUGUUUUUUCUCCAAAUGGCUACAUUAUGCAGUGUCCCAGCCUCAAUCGCACAUGUCCGACAUGCAGUGAUUUUCUCAGCCUCGUGCAGGGAAUAAUGGAUCUGCAGGAGCUUUUGGCUAAAAUGACAUUGAAGUUGAACUAUGCUGAAUCGAGGCUGACUCAGUUGGAAAGUUGUCACUGUGAAAGGACGUGCAGUGUGAACGAUGUGGUGUAUCGGGAUAAAGAGCUCUGGACUGAAGCUGAAAACUGCAGAACCUGCGCCUGCACGAGCGGCGCCGUUGAGUGUCGGAGAAUAUUCUGCCCCCCUGUGAACUGUUCAGAGGACUCUUUACCUGUUCACGUGGAAGGAACGUGCUGUAAGAAAUGCAGAUCUAAAUGUAUCUACCUGGGCCGAACACUUUCAGAAGGCCAGCGCGUUUUCCUCCAGAGCUGUAAGGAGUGUCAGAACGGUGUGAUGGCGUCAGUCAAUGAAAGCUGCCCGAGCCUCAACUGCUCGAUAAGCGAGCAGAUUUUGCCGGAGCACAGAUGCUGCAACGUCUGCAGAGGUCAUGAUUUCUGCGCAGAGGGUGUUCUCUGUGGAGAAAACUCUGUUUGUAAAAACCGGAAUAACAAAGCGGAGUGUGAAUGCAGGAGCGGCUACACGCCUAUACACGGAGAUUCAACCUACUGUGAAGAUGUAGACGAGUGUUCCACACAGAUGCACUACUGUCAGGCCAACACCGUGUGUGUUAAUUUACCCGGAGGACAUCGAUGCGAUUGCCUUCCAGGAUUCUCCAGAGUGGACGACUUCUCCUGCACAGAGCAUGACGAGUGUGUGAGCGGUCAGAGUUCCUGUGAUGAGAACGCCAUCUGCACCAACACCAUCCACGGCCACCUGUGCACCUGUAAGCCAGGAUUCAUGGGGAAUGGCACCAUCUGCACAGCGUUCUGUAACGAGGCCUGUCUCAACGGAGGAACGUGUGCGUCGCCAAACACGUGUGUGUGUCCUUCAGGCUUCACUGGACGCCUCUGUGAGACAGAUGUUGACGAGUGUGUGCAAGGUCUCGCUCAGUGCCACACACACGCUCUGUGUGCCAAUCUGCCCGGAUGGUACCACUGUCAGUGUCGGAGCGGUUUCCAUGACGACGGCUCUCACCUGCCCGACGGCAGCUCCUGCGUGGAUAUAGACGAGUGCACCAUGCACACACACACCUGCUGGAACGACUCGGUGUGUGUGAACCUGCCUGGAACCUUCGAUUGCGUGUGUGCCGACGGCCCAGAGUGCACCGGGGACUGUGUACAGGGUGAGGAGCUAAAACACAACGGACAGGAGUGGAGCCUCAAUCACGAUCACUGCACCGUCUGCACCUGUAAGGACGGGAGGGUGUACUGCAGGCGGAGAGUGUGUGACUGUGACGCUCCUGACCUGGAUCUGUCCUGCUGUCCAGAGUGUGACACACGCCAGAGCAGUCUGUGUGUUCAUCAGAGCGGACACACACUUUACCACAGCGGAGAAUCCUGGAUCUAUAAUUGCCAGCAGUGUCAAUGCCUGGAGGGAGAGGUGGAGUGUGUAUCUCUCCUGUGUCCUGUCCUGCUGUGUAAUCACUCGACCGUGUUGGAGGGGGAGUGCUGUCCUCGCUGCAUUUCUGACCCGUGUGUGGAUGACCUUGAACCCUCUUACCGCAGGCAGACAUGUCACGACCCCGAUGGCAUCACACGUCUCAGCGGCGCUACGUGGAGCGAUCCCGGUGCACCAUGCACCACCUGUACAUGCAAAAACGGGAGAAUCUGCUGCUCUGUCGACUUGGACUGCAUCCAGAGCGAUUAAACGUG